AUGUCCGAAGAAAGGCGUCGAAUGUUACUAGCGCUAGCAGCCGUUUGCAUAUAUGACAAAGAGAGAGAAAAGAAAAAUAGAAGAUGUUGGGCGAAAAAAUGGUUACUUCAAAGACCAAGAUAUUCGCAUAUAAAUUUAAUAGCCGAGCUAGCACUACAAGAACCGAACGAUUUUAGAAACUAUUUACGAAUGGACUCUUGUACAUAUCAGCAGUUGUUGUCUCUGUUGGAGCCAAUGCUAACAAAACAAGAUACGUGCAUGAGAAAAGCGAUAACAGCUCACGAACGAUUAUCAGCUACAUUGCGAUUUCUAGCAACCGGACGAUCUUAUGAGGAUUUACAAUACAGCGUUGCAAUAUCUAAGCAAUCUCUAAGCAAGAUAAUUCCAGAAACAUGUGAUGCGAUCAUAGCUACAUUGCAAGAAGAAUAUUUAAAGUUUCCUGAAACUGAAGAAGAAUGGUUAGACGUAGCAAAAAGAUUUGAAGAAAGGUGGCAGUUUCCUCAUUGCUUAGGAGCUAUAGACGGGAAACAUGUAAAAAUUGUGCCCCCAGCAAAUAGUGGAUCAUACUACUUUAACUAUAAAAAGGAUUUCAGCGUUGUUUUAUUAGCAAUAGCAAAUGCAAAUUACGAAUUUAUAAUGGUAGAUAUAGGAAUUAAUGGCCGAAUAUCUGAUGGUGGAGUUAUUAAUAGAAGUAUAUUUUAUGAGAAACUAAACACAGGAUCCUUAAAUAUUCCUAGGGUAGCAAGGAUAAUGAAUAGUGAAACUGUUUUGCCAUACGUCUUCGUGGGGGAUGAUGCAUUUUCUUUACGCCCAGAUUUGAUGAAACCUUACCCAGGUCCAUACUUAAGUCCUCAACAAAGAAUAUUCAAUUAUAGACUAUCAAGAGCCCGUCGCAUUAUUGAAAACGUUUUUGGUAUUUUAGUCAAUCGAUUCCGAAUAUUCAAAACUUCAAUCAAUUUAGAUGUGAAAACCAUUGACAAAAUAGUAAUGGCAGCAUGUAUAUUGCAUAACUUUUUACGUCGAAAUUGUAAUCAAUAUAUCCGAGUGGGUGUGGAUAUUGAAAAUUUAGAAGAUGGCAACAUAAGCACAGGUUACAGAGCCAACAACGAAUUGUUAGAUUUACAAAUAACGAAUCAAGGUCAAAGUCAAACCAUGGCUAGAUAUGUUCGAGAUCAAUAUAUGCAAUAUUUCAAUAAUGAGGGUAGUGUUUUGUGGCAAAACCGUUUCACUAAUUUAAAUACCUUUAUAUAA